AUGCGCGAGCUUUCAAUUGGCCGUUACGGGCACAUCAAGCGCGUGCAUCCCACUACACCGCUUGAUAGGUUCACUGACCUUAGGUCCUACGCGGGGAUUGUACCGGCUGUCCCAGACACGCCGAACCCGGCCUGGAUGUGCGGCUACUGCCAUGCUUUCCUUCCGAAGCUUUCCACUCAGUACGCACAGAGCAAGUCUGCGAGAUUCCACCUGAGUUUGUGCCCUCACGCCCCGGCUAAGGUCAAACUCAUGCAAAACCUGAGGCAAAUUCUUGCAUCCGAGGGCCUUCAGGUCCCGAAGGGCAAUGCAGAUGUCUGCCAGACAAAGGGGCGGAAGAUCAACCUUGAGUGCUUCCGCCCUUCAGCCAGUGAGCUCAGCGAGCUGCGUGCCGAGAAGGAGAGGAGCUCGUCGCCAGCGGUUUGCCGGCCCAGGGCUAGCCGCAACUGCGUACUGCAUGGCAAUCAGACCUCUCAGAGCACAAAGCGCCGUUAUUCUCCGCUCGAGAUAGCCACUGGGAGACGGCCACUUGAUCUGUUUGAUGUGGAGACCAGCACUCCAGAACAGCUCUCCGCUGAUCCUUCAGAAGAGGUCACCGGCAAUCCAGAGAGCCAGGGUGUCCGCGAUUUGAUUGCGGAGGAAAUAGCGGAGACUAUCAAUCUGCACAGUGACACGCUAGCAGCGCAGAGGGGCUACGUGGUGGCUCCACGGCAGGAUCUCCAGAUUCAACAGUGUCACAACGAGCGGUGCGUCGAUGCCACUCAAAAAUGCGGUGACCGUGGCCUGUCGCAGGAAAGUUAUGAUGUGGCGGGAAACGGCCAAGCUGCGGUCGUACACUUUGUGGGAGUGGGCGAUGCUGAGCGAUCACUGGAUUUCGAGGCGCUGAGCAAAGGCCUUGCUCCAGGGGCGCGAGCAGUCUUGGUAGGGCCACAUGCUGCCGGCGCCCGGACGGAACCCAAAGAGGAACUCCGGGGGCCGGUCUCCGUGGCCGGGCUCCAGGUGUCCGUUUUUCCACAGACCUACCAGCGCUUCCUGAUCCAUGCUCAGGAGCUGGAGGCUCCACAGCUGGUUGUCCUUUUCCAUCCAGGCCUCGACGUGCACUACUUCACCUGGUACCCGUGUUUGAGGCACUGGGCGGAGACGAGGGUGCCGGUGCUUUUCACUGCCUACCGGGUGCCCGGAGGUCUCGGCGAAACGCCGCAGACAGUGCAAAGCUUCCUUGAGACGCUUCUGGGUACCGGAGGAGGUGCCGGUUUAUGGGUCAUCGAGGAGGAGAAUCCUCAUUGCAUCGAAGACGGCGCUUUCAAUGCCGGCUACUUCGUCACUCUCGGAUCACAGGGGGCGCUCCCUGUGCUUGCCGAGGAGAUGUACUGGCCUAUCUUUCAGGCUUUGCAGAAGAUCGGCCACCCGUUCGCCCCUCGGGUAGGCUACUUGGAUCUGGACGAUGAGCCCAGCCAGGUGUCUCCGGAGAACUUGAGCUUGCUCUCGGCUAUCGCAGAGGGUGCCGUGCGGGGCGCCAGAGCUGGAACGGAUGGUGUGGACGAGGAGUUCUGGUAA